AUGGCCGAGGAUGACGAGCCCCUAGCGCUCUCGGCACAUACGCUCGCCGCAUUAGCCGAGUUCAACGCGGAGAGAGAUGCCCACCAGUCGAGGUUUGACGAGUUGAGCGCCCAGGCCGAACGCCAGACCCCGGUUUCAAUGGAUUCCUUCACCGAGGAUUGGAACAAGUCUCAGUUCUGGUACUCUGACGACACGGCCGACCUGCUCGCCGACCAGUUGCUGAGCGGACUCCGUCGCGGCUCCAGCAUCGGCGUGGUUUCCGCCCCGAGUGUGUUUGUCGCCCUGCGCAACAAGCUGCGGCGUGUCUCGAGCGACGAUUGCCCGAAACUGGUUCUCCUGGAACACGAUGAUCGCUUCGCCCUUUUCCCCGAAUACGUUCGCUACGACUACCAGCAGCCGCUCAAGCUACCAGGGCAGCUGAAGGCAAGUCUGGACCGUAUCAUCUGUGAUCCUCCAUUUCUCAGCGAAGACUGCCAAACCAAGACUGCACUCACGGCGCGCUGGCUGUUAAGACCUAGCCGCCCGGAUAUCCCGCUGCCCAGAGUCAUCGUGUGUACCGGCGAACGGAUGGAAGCUUUGGUGACGAAGCUUUACCGAACGCUUGACGUGCGAACUACGGAUUAUGAGCCGAAGCACGCCAGAGGACUGAGCAACGAGUUUUACUGCUAUGCAAACUUUGAGUGCCCGGCUUGGAGUUGGAAAACAUGA